AUGCCGCCGAAGUCGGCGCAGGAGCUUCAGGCGGAGAGGCUGAAACAGAAAGGCAACGAGUACUUUAACAAAGGGUUUCUCGGAGCAGCUAUAGACGCGUACACGGAGGCUAUCACCUUUGCCCCAGGCGUGCCAGUCUACUGGACCAACCGAGCUCUCUGUCAUAGGAGAAAAUGCGAUUGGCCGAGAGUAGAGCAUGACUGCACAAAGGCCUUGGAACUGGACAGAAAUUCCGUCAAGGCGCGCUUUCUUCUUGGUCUUGCUCUGGUGGAGUUGAGCCGAUUUCCAGAGGCGGUCAGAGAGCUGGAGAAGGCACUGGAAGCACUGAGGAACGACACGCGGCUGGUGCGCAGUGACAACCUGGACGACAUCUGGAGAGUUCUUGCUUCUGCCAAAUACCGGCGGUGGGAGGAAGAGGCCAAGGCGAGGAGAGAGAAGCAGCAAGCACUGGGAGACGAGCUGAGGUUGCUACUAAAGAAUCGCCUGUGCCAGCAAGUAUCGCAGCUUCUUGGCAAAGAGGGUGCGCUGAAUGGAUCAGCUCGUGUGGACUUCUCCAGCUUGGGAAACACGGAUGGUCUGGACCCUCACAAGUCAGAACAAGUGAGGACGCUAGUGCAGCAGUACCAGGAGCGACUCAACACGCUGGAAAACGUGUUUGAUAAGGCGGGAGCACCAGACAGACCGACUGAGGUGCCUGACUUUCUGUGCUGCAAGAUCACCAUGGACAUUUUCAAGGAUCCUGUCAUCACCCCCAGUGGCGUGACAUACGAACGAGCCGUGCUGGUGGAUCACCUGAAGUUGGGAAAACACUUUGACCCGCCACCCACUCCUAAAAUCCAGGCCACUACUUCUCCCCUCUUCCCCUUCUCCCCCCAACCCUUGCUCCCAUUCUGCGGAACCUUAUCGUACCCUUCCAUGCCUCCCCUCUCCCCUCUCCCCUCUCCCCUCUCCCCUCUACCCUCCUCCCUCUCCCCUCUACCCUCCUCCCUCUCCCCUCCCCCCUCUAUCCUCUCCCCUCUCCCCUCUCCCCUUUCCCCUCUCUCCUCUCCCCGCUUUCCUCUUUCAUCCCCUCUCCCCUCUACCGUCCCCAACUCUCCCAUCCCACGCCCUGCCAGCGCUGUGAGCCGUCCGAUCCUCGACCCGGCCGAUCUGGACGGUUUAGAGAAGGCGGUGCGCAUCCUGCACCUGCGGUACCGGUCGUGCCUGCGCCCACUCACUCGUGGCAAGCUGCCCUCGCGCACGGAGCUCAAGGAAAUGCGGCUGAGCGCCCAAGCCAUGGGGGUCCGAGCUGCCAUGAUGAUGAUCGAUAAGGUUCCCAAGGCCAUGGGGGUCAGGGCUGCGAUGAUGAUGAUCGAUAAGGUUCCCAAGGUCUACCGCCCUUCGCCCUUCACUCCCUCGCUCACAGGUGGAGGACCCAGAGUCGCAGCAGCUGACCAUCCGCCUGAUGGACAGCGAGCGGUUUGA